AUGAUGUCUUUUACUUUUUUGAUGGAACGCCGUGGCAGACACCGCCGCCAAGGAGCACCAGGGGCGUGCACCUGGCGCCUAAGCCGUGGGGCCGAGAAGUCAGUCAACGGGUUUGCGUCGACUCCGGGUGUGGGCCAAAAGAACACCGGCACAGGAGCCCGCGGGAACGGGGUGGUGGCGCCCAAGCGAGGGCAAUCUCCCAAUGAGACGGCAAAGACGAAGGAGACAACAACAGCAACGACAAAGCGAAGAGCCUGCGUAGACGUCGCCUUUUUUUCCCCUUUUAUUGUUGUUGCUAUUGCGUCUUCCGCACCGCCCCAAUUUUGUCUACGCAGCCGUCAUUACUUUUAUGCGCUUUUGCAAAGCUCCUGCCUCCCCGCCGAGGCGCAGAAACACACGGUGUCACAUCCAGCAGUCACCCACGCACCGUUCGCCGCCACAUCUCACGGCGAUAAGCGCAGGACUGUUUCCAGCCUGUGCUUCCUGGAAUUCCUUGCUCUUUGUGAGCCAAAGCUGCAUCCGCUGGCCUACGAAAGAACGGAGCAAGAAGGGAGGUUGAAAAAAAAAAAACUCUUCAGGAAGCUCAUUGCAACGCGGAGCAUAUGA